AUGUCUAUCUCACACGCUCCAGUGGGCUUCUUUUCUGCAGACCCUACUUUGCAUGUGACCUUGGCAGGCUAUCACUCCCUCAUACAGCACAAUAGGAGAGCCCCUCACUUGCUCGUUGCCCCAUGCGCAGGGGCCGCGCCGAAGGGCAAGGUGCUGAUCGCAAACCGGGGGGAGAUUGCACGGCGAGUGCAGCGCUCCUGCCGCCAGCUGGGCCUCAUUCCAGUGGCAGUGUACACAGAGCCGGAUGCCCUCUCUCUGCAUGUGUUGGAGGCGGAAGAGAAGGUGUGCCUGGGCAAAUCCACGCGCGAGUACACCAAUGCCGCCAAGCUGCUGGAGGCCGCCCUCUCCACCGGGUGCAAGGCGGUGCACCCGGGGUACGGCUUCCUGAGCGAGAAUGCAGAGUUUGUGGAGUCUUGUGAGAGCGCCGGAGUGGCCUUCCUGGGCCCCACAGCCGCCACCAUGCGCAUGUUCAGCCGCAAGCACACCGCGCGCGAAUUCGCCCAGAGUGCCAACGUCCCCGUCCUGCCAGGUGCCACAAUUGUGACCAGUGAGGAGGAGGCAGUGGCAGAGGCGGCUGCCACAGGCUAUCCGGUGCUGCUCAAAGCCACGGGCGGCGGUGGCGGCAUCGGCAUUUACAGCUGCCCCGACGAGGCCGCCGUGCGCGCAAACUUCGAGGCGGCUGGCAGGCAGGGCAAGGCGAGCUUUGGGGACGCGGGGGUGUUUGUGGAAAAGCACGUGCAGCGCGCGCGGCACAUCGAGGUGCAGAUCUUCGGCGACGGAAAAGGGAACAUCGUGACGCUGCCCGAGCGCGAGUGCUCCAUCCAGCGCCGCCACCAGAAGGUCGUCGAGGAGUCGCCCUCCCCCUACGUCGAGGAGGAGCUGCGGGCGGAGCUGAAGGCAGCUGCCCGGCGGCUGGGAGAGGCGGCCAAGUACCGCAGCGCCGGGACAAUUGAAUACCUUGUGGACCAGGACACCUCUAAGUUCUACUUCCUGGAAGUCAACACGCGCCUGCAGGUGGAGCACGGCAUCACAGAGAUGGUGUCUGGUCUGGAUCUGGUGGACUGGCAGAUGCAGCUGCAGGUGCCCGGCCUUCCCCCGCCAGACAUGGCAUCGGCGGCCGCCAUAGAGCCCAAGGGAUGGGCCUUUGAAGUGCGCAUCAACGCCGAAGACCCUUUUCGCAACUUCACCCCCUCCUCUGGCAUCCUUGGCCAGGUCGUCUGGCCGCCAGGUGUGCGCAUAGACACGUGGGUGGAGACAGGGACGGAGGUGACGCCCUUCUACGACUCGCUGCUGGGAAAGCUCAUGGUGCACGGCAAAGACCGGCCGGACGCCGUCGCGAAAAUGGCCGAGGCGCUGUCCGGCACGGUGCUCGGCGGCAUUCCCUCCAACCUGGAAUACCUCUCCACCAUCAUCGCCUCUGAGGGCUUCCACGCCGGUGCGACAACGACUCGAUUCCUGGAGUCGUUGCCCUUCAAGCCAAAGGCCAUUGAGGUGGUUUCUCCAGGCAUGAACACCACUGUGCAGGACUACCCAGGGCGCACCAAGCUGUGGCAUGUGGGCGUGCCCCCUUCUGGCCCUAUGGAUGCACUGGCUUUCCGCCUGGCCAAUGCUCUCGUGGGCAAUGCAUCGGACGCUGCAGGCCUGGAGAUCACCCUUUCAGGCAAGCUGCACAGGCCUUCCCUGCGAUUCCACAUGGAUGUGAUCAUCGCUCUGACAGGAGCGGAGUUCCACGCAGAAAUUGAUGGCGUGGCAGUGCCUUUCUGGACUUCUGUCCUGGUCAAGGCCGGCUCAGUGCUCACCAUCGGCACAUUGGCGGCCAAGCGCGGUGCCAGGUGCUAUAUAGCGGUGGCAGGGGGCAUCAACACGCCGGUAUACCUGGGCUCUCGCGCAACUUUCCCUGGCGGCAAACUGGGCGGAGUGCAGGGCCGCCCACUCAAGGCAGGGGACCUUCUCCCAUUGGGGCCAGCCAGCGAAGGAGUGAAGGCCGGCAACGCCUGCCCCAAAGCCUGGGUGCCCGCAUACCCGGUAGAGGGCGCCGCCUGGGAGAUUGGCGUGCUGCCGGGGCCCAAUGCAGCCCCCGACUACUUCACAGAAGAGGACAUCAAGACUCUGUACUCCGCACCGUACACUGUGCACUACAACUCGAACCGGCUGGGCAUUCGGCUGACUGGACCGCGGCCGCAGUUUGCGCGCACAGACGGCGGCGAGGGCGGCUCUCACCCCUCCAACGUGCACGACCACGUCUACGCGCUCGGCACCAUCAACUUUACCGGGGACAUGCCGGUGGCGCUGAUGUUUGACGGCCCCAGCCUGGGCGGCUUUGUGUGCCCGGCCACCAUCACCAGCACAGAGCUGUGGAAGAUGGGCCAGGUGUCAGCCAAGGAUGUUGUCUUCUUCAAGCCCCUCACUCUGGAGACGGCGUACACGGAGUGCCUGGUGCUGGACAAGAAGGAGGAUCUGCUGAGGGCUGCAGCCAGCAGCAGCGGCGCUGACGUGGCCGCUGAGCUGGCGGCCUACAGCCCGGCAGUGCCGGCCAUGCCGCCGACUGAGGCCGUGCUUCGCACGCUGCCCGCACAUGGCGACUUCCCUGGGGCGCAGUUCCGGCUCGCGGGCGACAGAUACGUGUUUGUGGAGUAUGGGCCAAUGGAACUCGACCUCAACCUGCGAGUCAGGGUGCACGAGCUAGAAAGAUACCUGGCGGACAAGGUGGCUCUGCCUGCAUGCAUGCAGGCUGUACCAGGGAUUGUGGAAACAAGUCCGGGCGUGCGAUCCUGCAUGAUAGAGUAUGAUCAGCGAGUGCUGCCCCUGGGCGAGCUGCUGUCCCUGCUCGAAGCCACCGAAAGAGCGCUGCCCUCGGCCCAGGAUCAGGUGCUGCCAACGAGGAUAAUUCAUCUGCCGCUGGCCUUCAACGACAAGUGGACGCACGACGCAAUUGCCAAGUACAUGAAAUCUGUCCGCAAGGACGCGCCCUAUGUGCCCUCCAACGUGGACUUUGUCGCCGCCAACAACGGGCUGGAGGGCGGCGCGGAUGCGGUAAGGGCGGUGGUUGAGAAGGCGGCGUAUAUGGUGCUGGGACUGGGAGAUGUUUACCUGGGAGCCCCCUGCGCAGUGCCAGUCGAUCCCAGGCAUCGGCUGGUGGUGCCCAAGUACAAUCCGGCGCGCACAUUCUCCCCCGAGGGCGCCGUGGGACUGGGGGGCGCGUAUAUGUGCAUUUACCCCAUGGAGUCCCCCGGCGGCUACCAGCUGAUCGGCCGCACUCUGCCCAUCUGGAACACAUUCGGCCGCGUCGGGCCCUUCACGCCCGCGGUACCCUGGCUCCUGCGCAACUUUGACCAGAUCAAGUAUGAGAUUGUGUCGGAGGAGGAGCUUCAGACGCAGCGCAAGCAGUUUGCCAACGGGCAACUGGAACUCAAGAUCGAGGAGCAGACCUUCAGCAUGAAGGAGUACAACGCCUUUGUGGCAUCUGUGGCUGGAGAAGUGGAGGCCCUGCGCAAGGUUCAGGCUGUGGCCAUAGCAGAGCAGAUGGCCCUGGACGAGGCCAGCCUGCAGCGACUGGAGGCCGAGAAGGCCAAGAACAAGGUAUCGUUUAGCACUCUGCUACAUCUUUCACAGAUGGACACCAGCGGCCUGGAGGUCACGUCCGCCUUCACAGCAAAUGUCUGGGAGGUCAAGUGCAAGGUGGGAGAUGUGGUGGCAAAGGGGCAGACUCUUGUGGUCCUGGAGGCCAUGAAGAUGGAGUACCCCAUUACCGCUCCAUCAUCUGGCCAGGUGAUCACACCUCGCCUCUGA